AGUUGGCAGCAGUUGGCAGUUUCCACUCUACAGUCUACAUACUUCAGUCUACUUUCUGCUGAUUGCUGAAGUAAAUAUGUACACAAACAAUUAAUCACAAUUAAUAAAACUGAAUAAACAAUUUUGUAAGUGAUAAAUGCACGGAUUUAAAAAAAAAAAAAAAUCUAUUCACGAAUUUCACUUUUACCAUCAUUAUAUAAUGUCUCCGCCCGUAUCAUUUAAAGUACCUCAACUGAAAGAUGAGAUUAAAAUAGAUAGCAAGAGUGAAGUCAUCAGACGAUCAUCACGUCUUUUACCAGAUCAUUUGAAAGAGAAAUUAAAGGAAGAAAAAAUUAUUGAAAAAGAUCCAGACAUAUCACAACUCAAUGAGAUUAUUUUUGAUGGAAAAAUUUAUUAUACAACAGACUUUGAAGGCUGUGCUUCACUCUGUGACCAAAUAAUUUCAAGAAUAAAUAAACAUCCAGACAGUAUUGUACCAAUUGGAUUUGAUUUGGAGUGGCCAUUUAGUUUUCAAACUGGUUCUGGUAAAACUGCAUUAGCACAAGUAUGUGUCUCUAAAAAUACUUGUCAUUUAUUUCACAUUUACAAAUUUGAAAAAUUACCAUUGGCUUUUAUACUACUUUUGAGUCAUCCAAAAGUUAAACUAGUCGGAAUUAAUAUUAAAAAUGAUGUAUGGAAAUUAUCUCGUGAUUUUAAAGAAUUUCCUGGUCAAAAGGUUGUAGAUAAUAAUUGUAUUGAUUGUGGACCAUUUGCAAAUCAGGUUUAUAAAAGAUCAUGUCGUUGGAGUCUUGCUAAUUUAACAGCAUAUAUUCUUAAAAAAAGAAUAAGCAAAGAUGAUAAAGUAAGAAAAAGUAAAUGGCAUAUUUUACCUCUAAGUGAAGAACAAAAAACAUAUGCAGCAACAGAUGCUUAUGUUUCAUUGAUAUUGUAUCUGACAAUUCAACAAAAACAAAAAGAAAUUGAAGAAAAAGAUAAGCAGGAAGAUAAUUAAGCAUAAAUCAAAAUUAAUUAUUUAUACUAUUUUAUAA